AUGAUGCUUGCGCGCGUCCCCCGCGCGCCGCGCUGCGGGCGGGGCGGGUCUCCGGGAUUCCAAGGGCUCGGUUACGGAAGAAGCGCAGAGCCGGCUGGGGAGGGGGCUGGAUGCGCGCGCACCCGGGGGGAGGCCGCUGCUGCCCGGAGCAGGAGGAGGGGGAGAGCGCGGCGGGCGGCAGCGGCGCUGGCGGCGACUCCGCCAUAGAGCAGGGGGGCCAGGGCAGCGCGCUCGCUCCGUCCCCGGUGAGCGGCGUGCGCAGGGAAGGCGCUCGGGGCGUCGCCCCCCGGCGGGAACCUGUCCCUUUCCCGUCGGGGAGCGCGGGGCCGGGGCCCAGGGGACCCCGGGCCACGGAAAGCGGGAAGAGGAUGGACUGCCCGGCCCUCCCCCCCGGAUGGAAGAAGGAGGAAGUGAUCCGAAAAUCAGGGCUCAGUGCUGGCAAGAGCGAUGUCUACUACUUCAGUCCGAGUGGUAAGAAGUUCAGAAGUAAACCUCAGCUGGCAAGGUAUCUGGGAAAUGCCGUUGACCUCAGCAGUUUUGACUUCAGAACUGGCAAGAUGAUGCCUAGUAAAUUACAGAAGAACAAGCAGAGACUACGGAAUGAUCCUCUGAAUCAGAACAAGGGUAAACCAGACUUGAACACAACAUUGCCAAUUAGACAAACUGCAUCAAUUUUCAAGCAACCAGUCACCAAAGUCACAAACCACCCCAACAAUAAAGUGAAGUCAGACCCACAACGGAUGAAUGAACAACCUCGUCAGCUUUUCUGGGAGAAGAGACUGCAAGGACUUAGUGCAUCAGAUGUAACAGAACAAAUUAUAAAAACCAUGGAGCUACCCAAAGGCCUUCAAGGAGUCGGGCCGGGUAGCAACGACGAGACCCUUCUGUCUGCUGUGGCCAGUGCUUUGCACACAAGCUCUGCACCAAUCACAGGACAAGUCUCUGCGGCCGUGGAAAAGAACCCUGCUGUAUGGCUUAACACAUCCCAACCCCUCUGCAAAGCUUUCAUUGUCACAGAUGAAGACAUUAGGAAACAGGAAGAGCGAGUCCAACAAGUACGCAAGAAAUUGGAAGAAGCACUGAUGGCGGACAUCCUGUCCCGGGCUGCUGACACGGAGGAGGUAGACAUCGAUAUGGACAGUGGAGAUGACGCUUAAGAAUAUGAUCAGGUAACUUUCAACUGACCGUCCCCAAGAGCAAAUUGCUAGAAAUGGAUUGAAAACAUUUCCACCGGGUUCCGCCUGUAAGAAAACAGUGUACCUGAGCACAUAGAGCUUUUUAAUAGCACUAACCAAUGCCUUUCUAGAUGUAUUUUUGAUGUAUAUAUCUAUUAUUCCAAAUGAUGUUUAUUUUGAGUCCUAGGACUUAAAAUUAGUCUUUUAUAAUAGCACGCAGGACCCUUAAAAUGAAGUGGAGCUUCUGAUGCCAGGUGCGGUCUACUGGAAAUGUAGCACUUACGUGAGAUAUUUGUUCCCCACAGUUUUAAUAUAAACAGAUCAGGAGUACCAAAUAAGUUUCCCAAUUAAAGAUUAUUAUGACUUCACUGUAUAUAAGCAGAUUUUUAUACUUUAUUGAAAGAAGAUACCUGUACAUUCUUCCAUCAUCACUGUAAAGACAAAUAAAUGAUUAUAUUCACAGA